GAGAGAAAGUGAAAGAGAUGUCACGGGAAAAGGUGUAUGUGCAGCACUGUAUGGGCGUUAAUGGGUUAGAGAAGAUCAUUCUUAGAGAAGAUCGUGGUUUCUCUGCUGAGGUGUAUCUAUACGGAGGUCAGGUUACAUCCUGGAAGAAUGAACUUGGUGAAGAUUUGCUCUUUGUCAGUAGUAAGGCUAACUUUAAGCCUCCAAAUUCUAUACGUGGAGGCAUUCCAAUAUGCUUUCCUCAAUUUUCAAAUUAUGGCUCUCUUGAACAACAUGGAUUUGCAAGGAACAGGUUUUGGACUUUAGAUCCUAAUCCCCCACCAUUUCCUACAAAUAACACCAACAGAGCUUUCAUUGAUUUGAUUCUUAAACACUCUGAAGAUUAUCCUAAGCACUGGCCGCACAGAUAUGAGUUUCGCCUGAGGAUAGCUUUGGGACCAGCAGGAGAUUUGAUGAUGACAUCCCGCAUUCGAAAUACAAAUACAGAUGGGAAAUCCUUUACCUUCACAUUUGCCUAUCAUACAUACUUCUAUGUUAAGGACAUCAGUGAAGUGCGAAUAGAAGGACUAGAGACACUGGAUUAUCUGGACAACUUGAAGAACAGAGAGCGGUCUACUGAACAAGGAGAUGCUAUAACAUUUGAGUCAGAGGUGGACAGAGUAUACUUAAGCACCCCCACAAAAAUUGCCAUCAUAGACCAUGAAAGGAAGAGAACUUUUGUAUUGCGGAAAGACGGGCUUCCUGAUGCUGUGGUAUGGAACCCGUGGGACAAGAAAGCAAAGACCAUAGCUGAUUUUGGGGAUAAUGAGUACAAACAUAUGCUGUGUGUCCAGGCUGCCUGUGUAGAAAAAGCAAUUACUCUCAAACCUGGAGAAGAGUGGAAAGGAAGGCAGGAAAUAUCUGCAGUACCUUCAAGUUAUUGCAGUGGUCAACUCGAUCCACGGAAAGUACUAUUCAGUUAUUAGAAGAAUAAUGGGUUCCAAUGCGCCUUUGUACAGGCUUGAUGCAGUUAAGUGUAUUUCUUGUAGGAACUGUUGUUGCGAUAAUGGUGCAUUCAGUGAAUUCUUGUCCGGAUUCUCUUCAGCUUUGAGGGCGGAUUCAUAAUUAACAAAAUUGUCUAUAUCGUUUUAGCCUUGAGUAUGUUCAGUUGCUUGAGCUAGAGAUGAAGAGAGCCGCUGGAAAAGAACUUCCUAUUUUUAGG